CCCAAUCUUCCGAUUCGAAGUCGGACGCCUUAUCCAUUAGGCCACGCAGUCAGUUAAAGAAAUGGUGAUAAGUUAUAAUUUAUAACAAACAUAAAUUAUCAAAAUAAUUAUAAAUGUAUUAUGGUUUUUUUUAAUAUUAUGAAUGUGUCAAAUAUUAAAAACGCUUUACUUUUGGUGGAUGUUCAAAAUGACUUUAUUAGUGGCUCAUUAGCACUGAAAAAUUGUCCUGCUAAAGAAGAUGGAGCAGAUAUAAUUCCAAUAAUAAAUGAUGAAAUUCUCCAGGAUCAACUAUGUUCACAAUUUUUUUCUAUUAUAGUAUAUACUCAAGAUUGGCAUCCAAAAAGUCAUUGCUCCUUUAUUGAUAAUAUUGAACAUUCUCAUUUUGAUUAUCAAAGCAAUAUAGUACAUUUAGCUAAGCCAACAGAUGUCAAAGUAUUUGAUCAAGUUUAUUUAAAAUAUCCUCUCCUUAACAUAACAUACCCUCAAAUAAUGUGGCCUAAACAUUGCAUUGAUAAUACUUGGGGCGCUGAAUUAUGUAAGGAUCUAAAAAUAGCAAAACCAACGGGAACCAUUAAAGAUGUACAAUUUUUGCACAAAGGAUGUGAUCGCGAUAUCGAUUGUUAUUCAGCCUUUUGGAGUAACGAGAAAUUUGUUAGCACUGGUCUUAAAGAAAAACUCGACUCAUUGUCCAUUCAAAACGUUUACAUUUGCGGUUUGGCAUUAGACAUUUGUGUGUAUCACACUGCUAUGGAUUCUAAAGACUUUGGCUACAACACUUAUUUGAUAGUGGAUGCUUGCAGAGGAGUCGAUACUUUCAAAAUAAACGAAGCUUUGGUUAAUAUGAGUGAUAAUGGUAUUUCGAUAAUUCAAGCCAAUCAACGGGAAAAAAUAAAGAAAAUAAUACAAGAUUUCACGAAGAAAAUAAAGUAUACGAGCAUAUUUCUAAUACUCAGUCACAAGAUAAGAUAACUAACACUCAGCUCAAAAGUCAAGAUAAAUCUCGCAUACGUUAUAAAUUUUUUGAUAGAUAAUAUAUUCGUCAUAUAAUUCAUUCUCUACAUAUAAGAGUAUUGUAUUUAUAUUAAUAAAUCAUUUUUUGAAUUAUUUAUUUAUUUAUCACAAAUUAGAUUUUAAAUUUUAUUUAUAAUCAGCCUUUUGCUAUAAAUUUUACCCACCACUUUAUUUAUAUUUCCUGAUAUAGGGGUCUAAAGUCAAAAAAAAAUUUCAAAAAAAAAAUAAAAUAUUCUCGCAUUUAUGUAUUUUGCGUCCAAACUCGAUUUCGUAAAUUUCAAUAAUAAAUAAAUUUUUUUAAAAAUAAAAUUUUAUUUUGGACGCACCCCAUAGUCUAUAUAAAUAGCAUUUAUACAAUAACGAUGCCAAAUCUGAACAUCUAAAUAUGCAUGCAUUCAUUUAAACAAAAUUCGCGGUUUUUGAGUUUUUUUAAUAUGUACCGGAUUCUUUUCUUAUUUGUAUCCGGUUGAAUCUUAUAUCUAAUCAGUUAUUUAAAGAAAAUACAUUAACAUAUUUUGGAUCGGUCUCCAAAAUAGGAUAUUUAUACAGAUCUGCUUCGGGCCUAAUUUUUCAACCCCCGACACGAAAUAAAAAUAAAGAUUAUUAUUCUGCCCCGCCCGAAUUUAUUUAAUUUAGAAAAAUUUUAAUUUUUAUUAUUUUAAACAAAUAUUCUACCAUUAAAAAGUAUUAGCGCCUUGUUUAAAUGGUUCAAUUUCUUUCAGCACUUGUAGUUC